AUGAGCCAGCUUGGAAUGAUGGUUAUAGCUGUAGGUUUAUCUUCUUAUAACGUGGCAUUAUUCCAUUUAGUUAAUCAUGCGUUCUAUAAAGCGCUUUUAUUCUUAGGUGCUGGAGCAGUAAUUCAUGCUGUAGCUGAUAAUCAAGAUUUUAGAAGAUAUGGUGGAUUAAGACCAUUUUUACCACUUACUUAUUCAGUUAUGCUUAUAGCUUCUUUAAGUUUAGUAGCUUUCCCAUUCAUGACAGGGUUCUAUUCAAAAGAUUUUAUUCUUGAGUCUGCUUAUGGUCAGUAUUAUUUCUCUGGUACUGUUGUAUAUAUAAUAGCUACUAUAGGAGCAAUGUUUACUACAUUAUAUUCUGUAAAAGUGUUGUAUUUAACAUUCUUAGCUAAUCCUAAUGGACCUUUAAUCAAUUAUAAAAAUGCACAUGAAGGUGAUAUCUUUAUGAGCUUACCUUUAAUGAUUUUAGCUGUAUUCUCUAUAUUCUUUGGGUAUAUAACAAAGGAUAUGUUUAUAGGAUUGGGUUCAGGGUUCUUUUCGGAUAAUGCUUUAUUUAUACAUCCUUCUCAUGAGAUAAUAGUAGGUUACAACAUAUUUAGUUUCUUUAAUCAACGUUUCUUAAUAGAGCUAUUUUACAACAGAUAUAUUACAGGUAUUGUACUAAAACUUGGUGGACAGACUACUAAAGUAAUAGAUAAAGGAUCAGUAGAGUAUUUAGGUCCUUAUGGGUUAGAGAAAGGACUAUUAAAUAUAAUUCAUAUAUUAAUAGUUCUAAUAUUAUAUUAG